AUGCUCACGGAGCCGUCGUCCGCGGCGCCGCCGCACGAGAUCUCCCCGCGCGCGACGCUGCCGUACGUCGCGCGCGACUCGAAGUUCAACCUGGACGCGAAGAUCUACGGGCAGUACUUCCAGCUCUACUUCAACCGCCUGAAGAUCCUCGCGCCGCGGCUCGAGGACGCGGUCCAGGCGAAGUGGCCGAACCUCCCGCGCGCGAAAGUCCUGGACCUCAAAGAAGGCGAGGAGUGCGUCCUGAGUGGGACGCUGUACAAGGACAUGAAGCUCAAGCCGUGCAUCCUCGACGAGUACGUCAAGGAGGCGGGCGUCAGCGCGAGCGCGGUCGCGAUCGAGGACUCGAAGAAGACCAAGUUCGUCGGCGAGGACGACUCGAUCGUCCUCGAGGACGAGGGCGCGAGGGUCAAGCUGACCGGCGCCGCGAUCGACGUGAACGCGCUCGUGACCGGGGUCGUGUUGGCCGCGCGAGGGAGGGUCGUCCCGGGAGGGGAGUUCGAGGCGGAUGAGAUCUGUUUCCCGCGACCGGCGGCGGCGCGGCGCUCGGCGGCGCCGGCGGACGCGUCGACCGCGGCGGCGGCCGAUUUGAAAGGGAAGCGCGUGGUGCUCGUCUCCGAUCUGCGCGUCGGCGACCCCGCGAGCUCGAACCCGCUGAACCUGGAGCUGAUGCUGGAUUUCCUCACCGGCAACCUCGGCGGCGCCGCCGACGCGUCCGAAGCCGCGAGCGUCGCGAGAGUCGUCGUCUGCGGCGGCGCGCUCUCGAAAGCUGAGGUCCCCGCGUCUUCGCUCGACCCGAGAGAGAAGGCGCAGAUAUCGCGGCCGCUGCGCGAGCUCGACGUCUUACUCUCGCAGCUCUGCUCCAGCGUGCACGUGGACGUGAUGCCCGGGGAGGGCGACCCGACGAACCAGGCGUUACCUCAGCAGCCGUUGCACCCGUGUCUGUUCCCGUCCGCGGCACGGUACGACACGUUCGCGGCGUCGACGAACCCGCACGAGUUCGACGUCGGCGGCGUCGGGUUCUUGGGAACGUCCGGGCAGAACAUCAGCGACCUGUGCAAGUACACCAACGAGCGUUUAGAUCUGAUGGAGUCGUCGCUUCGGUGGCAGCACCUCGCGCCGAGCGCGCCGGACACCCUCGCGUGCUACCCGUACAAGGACAGGGACCCGUUCCACCUCGACGCGUGCCCGGACGUGUACUUCGCCGGGUGCCAGCCCGCGUUCGGGAGCAGAGUCGUGGAGCUGGAGCGCCGCGGCGCGGGCGCGGGCGCGGGCGGGGAAACGACGAGGACGCUCGCGGUGAGCGUCCCGUCGUUCGCCGCCACGGGGACGAUCGUGAUGGUGGACUUGGAGACGCUGACGUGCACGCCCGUGACGUUCGGAGAUGGCGGCGCGGCGCGAUGA